GAGUGCGCGGCGGGCGGCGGCGGCCGUGGAGGCCCGGGAGGCCACGGCACGGUCAGUGCGAGCCGAGACGAGCCGCGCCGAUCGCCAUCGGCCCCGGCUCUCGCGGGCGAUCGCGGCCGGCGGCGCGGCCUGGCGGGCCGGGCGGCGCUGCAGCCCAUGGAGCUCGAGAACAUCGUAGCGAACACGGUGCUACUCAAGGCCCGGGAAGGUGGUGGUGGGAAUCGCAAAGGCAAAAGCAAGAAAUGGCGACAGAUGCUGCAGUUCCCCCACAUCAGCCAGUGUGAAGAGCUACGGCUCAGCCUUGAGCGUGACUACCACAGCCUAUGUGAGCGGCAGCCCAUCGGGCACCUGCUGUUCCGGGAGUUCUGCGCCACGAGGCCUGAGCUGACCCGCUGUACUGCCUUCCUGGAUGGGGUGGCUGAGUAUGAAGUGACCCCUGAUGAGAAGCGAAAGGCAUGUGGGCAGAGGCUAAUGCAGAAUUUUCUGAGCCACACGGGUCCUGACCUCAUCCCUGAGGUCCCUCGGCAGCUGGUGGCUAACUGUGCCCAGCGGCUAGAGCAGGGACCCUGCAAAGACCUCUUCCAGGAGCUGACCCGGCUGACCCAUGAGUACCUGAGCAUGGCCCCUUUUGCCGACUACCUCGAUAGUAUCUACUUCAACCGUUUUCUGCAAUGGAAAUGGCUAGAAAGGCAGCCAGUGACCAAAAACACCUUCAGGCAGUACCGAGUCCUGGGCAAAGGUGGCUUUGGGGAGGUGUGUGCCUGCCAGGUGCGGGCAACAGGCAAGAUGUAUGCUUGCAAGAAGCUGGAGAAGAAGAGGAUCAAGAAGCGGAAAGGGGAGGCCAUGGCACUCAAUGAGAAGCAGAUCCUGGAGAAAGUGAACAGUAGGUUUGUAGUGAGCUUAGCCUAUGCUUAUGAGACCAAGGAUGCCCUAUGCCUGGUGCUGACACUGAUGAAUGGAGGUGACCUCAAGUUCCACAUCUACCACAUGGGCCAGGCUGGCUUUCCUGAAACUCGAGCUGUCUUCUAUACUGCCGAAAUCUGCUGUGGCCUGGAGGACCUGCACCAGGAACGCAUUGUAUACAGGGACCUAAAGCCAGAGAAUAUCCUGCUGGAUGACCAUGGCCACAUCCGAAUCUCUGACCUGGGACUGGCUGUGCAUGUUCCUGAGGGCCAGACCAUCAAAGGCCGUGUGGGCACUGUGGGCUACAUGGCUCCAGAGGUGGUAAAGAAUGAGCGGUACACGUUCAGCCCUGACUGGUGGGCAUUAGGCUGCCUCCUGUAUGAGAUGAUUGCAGGCCAGUCACCCUUCCAGCAGAGGAAGAAGAAGAUCAAGCGGGAGGAGGUGGAGCGGCUAGUCAAGGAGGUGCCUGAGGAAUAUUCCGAGCGCUUUUCCCCCCAGGCCCGUUCGCUCUGUUCCCAGCUCCUCACCAAAGACCCUGCCGAGCGCCUAGGGUGUCGUGGUGGUGGUGCCCGGGAGGUAAAGGAGCACCCCCUUUUCAAGAAACUGAAUUUCAAGCGGCUGGGAGCUGGCAUGUUGGAACCACCUUUUAAGCCUGAUCCCCAGGCUAUUUAUUGCAAGGAUGUUUUGGACAUUGAACAGUUCUCUACAGUUAAAGGCGUGGAGCUGGAACCCACUGACCAGGACUUCUACCAGAAAUUUGCCACAGGCAGUGUGCCCAUCCCUUGGCAGAAUGAGAUGGUGGAAACCGAGUGCUUCCAGGAGCUGAAUGUCUUUGGGUUAGAUGGCUCAGUUCCCCCAGACUUGGACUGGAAGGGCCAGCCACCCGCACCCCCCAAGAAGGGAUUGCUGCAGAGGCUCUUUAGUCGCCAAGAUUGCUGUGGAAACUGCAGCGACAGUGAGGAAGAGCUCCCCACCCGCCUCUAGCCCUCAGGCUGAGGCUCCCACCGGCAGUUGGCGGUAGCAGCUACUCCCAGUGCUGUUUACAGUUUUACACAGUGGUCUUCCCUAUUGGCCACUCAAGUUGUGGCCUGGGGAGCACAGCCAGAACUGUCCCCAGUGUCCUCUGUCCCUCAGCCCGUGGCCCAGCUGAGUCUGACAAGGCCUGGGCCAUCCUGGGACAAAGGUGCGUCCCUUCAGCUCUUCUCCCUGGAGCUCAGGGGCUUUGUGUAUUUAUGUAUUUGUAUGAAUGUAUAUAACAAGAGUGUUCUUAGUUACACCAUAGACCUGGCACCCUAACCAGGGCAGCAAGCCCUAGCUGGGAGAGCCAAGAGCUGGCAGGGGAGCCACUGCCAAACUCGAGGCUUCUCAAACCCAGUCUGGAUGAACAGAGGCUGGGCCAGGUUAGACCUCUGACCCCCCAGCAUUGCACUGGCCUCCACCAACCUCCAAUGAGACUUGUGCCUGCCCUUGCUGUCGUGGACUCAGGCUACCACCUUCUGGUUGCCCAGUGUUGUCAUUUCUCCUCAGCGCUUGUCAGAACUGGAGUUGGGAGCUACUGUAACCCCUAGGCCUGUGCCACACUGUAUAACCAGAGAUGGAGCUGACUGGGACCCAUUAGACCACUGCCCAAGCUGUUCAGAUGGGUCUCCCUCUGCCUUCCAGUUUCCAGGGUACCUUAUCCCUUAUACUGUGCCCUGUCCUGAAAACAACUUUUUCAGAAAUGCCACAGCCCAGGCCAUAGGAGGGGAUGGAAUUAUCCCUCAUUAAACCCAACAUUCCAGAAUCCCUCAUAACAGUUGACCCAUGCCCAGCAAUAAUCCACCCCUCCCUGUGAGUGCCUCUGUGUGAGUGUGUAUCUGUGUGUAUGAAGAGGGUAGGGUAAGGCUGUGCCUGUGCCCCUGGCCCUAGCCCUGACCUUUCCCAAACUGUGAUGGCCGUCCUGAUGUUCAUGUUAGGACAGCAUGGGACCCCAGGGCCCUGGCUUUUGCAUAUUUAAAGCCAAUUUUUAUUACUCAUUUUGUCCAAUGUAAGCUGCCAUUUGUCUCUAUGUGAAUACACUCCGAGCACAAAUCUGGCCAGCCACCACUGCCUGCCUCUUCUUUCUGGUAUUGCAGGGAUUCUUCCUGCUCUCUUGGCCCAGCCAGAAGUGGGAAAGGAUUGGAGAUAGCCCUGGCAUGGGACUAGGGGCUGCCCUUCCAAGGUCCAGGGGCCCUAAAGACUUUGUAGGCAGUGAGGCUUUGGUGUAGGGGCUCAACCACUGGGUUUCUGCCCUCCUAGAUGGGACAGCGUGAAAAAGGAAGCCUUAGAUACCAGCUAGGGGUAGUGCUGUCUGAUUGCUGGAGAGGCAGAUACGUCUGGCUGGUCUUUAGUCUUUCCAAGGCCAAGAUGAUCUUUUGAAUGUAGAGUAGCCUGGAAAGACAGGUGGUAGGAUCUGCUAGUAGAAACACUAACCCUAGCUCUGUCUUAAUCUGGCCUUCUGCACUGGUACACAUACCUGAGAUUCAUUUGUCUGUUUUGCUCUUGAAGCAUUAACUCUGGGUGGGCAAAGACUAGGGCGGUGAUGUAAGAAGGCUAUGGAGGGGUAGGAGAGAUCAGCCACUGGAGUUUCAGGGAGCAAUUUUUGAAGUUAGUGGCUAACCAAGUCCUGAGGUAGGUAGCCACCUGGAAGACGGAUUGGCAAAAGCAUUUCUGGGGAAAGUACCUGUGCAAGUUCUUCCUGGCAGGAGCUGUUUGACCACAAAUUUCUCCCAGAUUUUGAAAACCUAUCCCAGAGUCCUUAAUUCCCAAGAAUGCCCUGAAAUCAUAAAGGUUUGCUCUUUGCUCUGAGCUAGGCACCAAGUAAUGCAAAAGUGACAGUCAUGGGUACACAUCCUAGUCUAAUAGCUUUUUAAGCUUGCUUUACAUAGGCCCUUCUCUUGUCUGAGGAUAUCUUGCAGAGAGUCUACAAAGCAACCAGGGAGUCCAUUGGAGCUGUCACCCUGUCCUACUGUCCUAUGUCCUUCCCAUACCCCAUGCCAUACCUCCCUCUAUCACCAGCAGGACUUGAGACUGCUGGGGGAAUGAGUGUUGGCACCAAGCUGAGCAGCUGCUUGGUUGUCAUUUUGUUUUUAAGUUUUUCGAGACAAGGUCUCACUAUGUAAUCCUUAUUGGUCUGGAACUCACUUUGUAGCCCAGGCUGGCCUUAAACUUUUGGCAGUCCUCCUGCCUCUGCCUCCCUUGUACUAGAAUUACAUGUAUGUGCCACUAUAUCUGACUUGAGUGGCUAUCUUGAUAGCUGCCCGCAGUUGUGCAGCACCAACUUUUCUGAAGGAGCUUCUUGGCACAUAGCAUACUUGCUGCUGCUUCCAUCAAUGUGAAGGGAAUAAGUAGAGUACCGCCAGGUCUAUCAAUGGGUAGAAAAGUCAGAUGAAGGAAAGCUAAGGAUGAGUGGGAACCAGGUGAACGUGUGGUAUCAUGAGGUACUAUGCCUGCUACUGGAUCCAGACUUCUCUUCAACUUCUCCUUGGGCAUCAAAAGAACUUCUUGACUAAGGUUAAGCUCACCUUGUAUCUUUGAAGUUUCCCAAAAACACUGUUAAGCUCAACUCCUCCCCACCCAGCUCAAUAGUGAGAACUAGGGACCCAGAUGGAGAUGCGGUCCCCACCAGCUUGGAGCUAAUCUGGUAGGCAGGGAAACGGGAACAGUAGCACCCAGUGUGAUUAGCACUGGGGCAGAGAGGGUUCUAGAGGGCUGACACGGGGGUACCAAACAGAGGAAGUCCCUUGCCCACAGAAGCAUCAGAGUUGGUGCUCUCCAGGACAAGGCCAGAUGUGCCCAGGCAUAGGAGCCAAAUGGUUGAACAUAGGAUGGGAAAGGGGAGUGACUGCAGUGGAGGUUGGUGAGAUACAGCCAGCUUCCUCUGGAGGGGCGAUGGAUGGUAUCCAUGAAGAGUUUUGACUAUGCUGAGGUAUCUGCCCUAGCAUCUAUAAAAGCAACUGAUCUUCCUUUGGGGAACCCAACUCCCCUAUUCCUUUCUAUGUUUAGGUGGCACUGGGCCUCUACUCCACCUAUAUACCACACACAUCUAGCACAUGUGACCCAGGUAGCAAUGUUGGAAGCUAUGAAACCAUCCUGUCUAAUUGGAUGUUAAGAACAGGGGAGGUCAUGGAUGUAGCUCAGUAGAGAAAUGUUUACCUAGCAUGUGUGACAGGCCCUGGGUUUGAUCUCCAGUACUGUUGGGGGAAAGGGGGUAGAGCACUAUUAGUUGCAGACUGUGUUCUCAUGAGGGCAUGACCACCAGAAACAAGGUGCUUUAGCCAUUUA